GUAAAAAUUUCGGAUCCGGAGGCGCAGACAUUUUGAAUAUAUUUUUUUUCCUUAAAAAAUGUCAUAAAAUAUGAAAGAUAAAAUAUGGUACAUCUAACGACAAACAGCGAGAGCGUAAAGGUUAUUCUGGAUCAACUGUUUGAGGAGGGAGGGGGGGGAAGAGAGAAACGUCAGAAUUGUAAACUGUGAUUUAUUUCUAUGAAUCAUUAGUAUAAAAUCGAUUCUUUUCGUGCAAUUUCGUAUCGUUAUUAUACAACAAAUAGAAUUUGUUCUAUAAUAUUGCAACUGUCAUUCACUCCUCACACGUGGUACUGUUAUGUCAUCGCUCGAACUGUCAACACAUCUCAAAUGUAGCACAUAAAAAAAAAGACGACGUGUAUCUCCAAUAAUUUUCGUGAUGCCACACAAGUAAACAAGUGUUUCGACAAAGCAUAAAUAUUUCACUUCGAAGAUGGCUUUGUGUUGAAUGUAAAAAAUACAUCAUCAGUCGAAGUAUUUCAGUUAAUAUAAUUUUCAACAUCAACAGAAAAUAUAUAUAUAUAUAUAUUUUGUGAUUGAAACACCAAAGAAAUGCAAGAUUUAUACUUUUUUAAUGUCGCAGUAUUUGCGAUCAUUAUUUUCCUUAUUGCAUUUAUUAUAAUUGUCUUUGACAGCUUUUUAUGGGUGUUUAUUGUAACUGGCAUUUAUGCACUUAGCAGUUUCUAUGCUGUUAAAUUGAUAGAAUGCAUUGAUAGUUUAUUAGCAAGAUUUAAUAUUACGAAUGACAAAUUUAUUGCAAAAUAUGAGUUCAAGGAUACGUGCAGCGUUUGUAGUAAUAACACUUGUAAAAGACACAAGUUACUGCCACAUUCGACAAAGAUUAAAGUACCUAAGGAUUUUGACCAUGCGUUGGAACAGCUUUUAGAAGAGGUGCUACAGAUCUAUGUCCGCUCAUGGUACUCUGAUUUUUCGACAAAUGAAGCUUUCAUACAACAGUUGCGUCUAGCUAUAACGACUGCAGCAAAGAAUAUUGCUAUUAGAUUGUUACGUGCAGAUACAGCAGGCAUCACAUUCAACGAUCUGAUUCCCUUGGCCAUACAACAUGCUCAAGAUUGGAAUACGCUUCUGAAAAAAUCAAGAAUGGACGUUAAAACACCUCAGGAUUAUAUUGGAAGUUAUCUGAAUUCGAAGAUUCAUCCAGCUGCUUAUUCCAGAGAAGCUGAAUUGAAUUAUUUACGAGGAUUGGUCACUGCACUGCUGCCACAUUUGUUACCUGCUAUACAUGUCUCGACAAAUAACAAAGUGAUACUUCGGGAGAUCUUGGCCAAUUGGGUGCUACUACCAGCAAUUGAUGCACUUGCGGAUCCAGAGAAUAUAAACACACUAGUGACUUUGUCCACUCAUCAUGAUACCACUCUAUCUAAUGUAGAGAAAACCAUUAAUGUACCAAUGUUACAAUCGUGGGUGACAGGGAUGCAUUUACACAUUGUUGCGCAAAAUUGUUUCAAGCCAUCUUUAAAUGAAGUCUUGAACGAUCCUGAACUGUUGUACAUGUUUAUGCAACACAUCAAGGAAUCAGGACCCAUGAAUCUUCUUCAAUUUUGUUUAGAUAUUGAUGAUCUCAGUAAACGUAUGUUAAAUCCGGAAAUGUCGACCAGCGCUGAAAAGAGCUUAUACACAGAUGUUCGAAAUUUAUACGCAGUAUAUCUCGAUCCCGAUGGUCCGGAAUAUCUGUAUCUACCAUUACAUAUAUCGAAUGGCAUACGACAAAUAUUGGAAGGUGGACCGGAAAAAAUCCAAGAGCUACGAACAUCACGACCCUUCUAUCAAGCUCAUCAAGAAGCACACGCGCUCUUAGAAAGUAUCUGUCUGCCACCGUUCCAUCAUAGUUAUCAAUUAUACAAACAUUUGUGUGGUUAUUUGGCAUCAGAACAAGCAAAAGCUACUGCAACCAACGCCGGCGGAGGUGCAUCCGUUUCCACCCGACCCAGCAGCAGCCAACUGGGCAGGAUGGACGGCGUUUCGCGGUCGACGAUGGACGGUACUCCGUUUCCGCUGCAGCACGUCUACCCGGUCGAGGAGGUGGACUGCACGGCGCGAGCCUACGGCGAGAUCAAGGGCUUCGGCGACAAGUCUCACCGCGACCUGACGACGUGGCGGGUCGCCGUUCCCCACGUGGACGGCGGUGGCGCGCAACCGGUGUACAUGAUCGCCAUCCACAGCGUGGCGGAGGCCAAGUCGUGGACGGUCCUGCGCCAGGAUCAGGACUUCUACACUCUGCGGGCGCGACUCGCCGAGUUCCACGGCGACAAGGAGCUGAACGACUCGCCGUUGUCGUCCCGCAAGAAUCCCAAUCUGCCUCUGGCGGCGAAUCGUCAACGUUACGAGGAGUUUCUGCAGAAGCUGCUGUCCAAGCCGAUGCUGAGGAGCAGCGAGCUCCUCUACACCUUCCUGACGACCCCGAAUCUGAAGCCCUGCUUCGCCAACUACAGCACACCCGACAUCGGUAUCCUCUAUCAGAGCGUGACCUACAAAUUGCGAAAGGAAAGAGGACAGCACCUGGAUAGAUUUAUGAGCACCUUUCUCGCGUCCACGAAUACAAAGUACGAGCAUAUGGAUAUGGGUGUUGAACCCUUGAGCGAGCACAAUCUCGAUGAAACAGAGAGCAAAGGUAGAAAUCUGCUGAACGGAGCAUUCGGUAAUAAUCUGAAUCUAUCUGUCGCCUUGCGAGAUCAGGCCUGCGCUGACGAUGUAUUGCAACGCGAGCAUGUAAAAGGGGCAAGCUUAUGCGUCGUGGAAACUGUGGAUGGUCUGCUAAAUAUACCUCCGAUUAUUUCGCGACUCAUGUGGAUGUUCGCCUCCUUAUUGCAUAAAAGGAUGGAUCCUCUUGUGAACGCGUUGUUCUACAAUAUGCUGAUCAAGCUCCUGAGCGGCGGCCGUGCUUCUAUCGUCGUCAAGCUUUUACACGCGAAGAUAACAGGUAGAAAUUACAUGAAGGACUUCUCCACGCAAGCAAGAUGUCGAGAUUAUUACGAGACCGCCAAGGAAGGGCUAUAUUCCUUGUUGCCAUGGUGGUUGCUGGGUCUCUCCAAGCCCUGGAACAGUUUGAUGGAUUCUCUGUUGGAUCCUUUACAAAACGCACCGUUCAAUAAGCAACUGGCGUAUUUUCUGCUGGAUCACAUCUUGGUAAAUCUUUUCCCUGAAGUAACAGCGUAAUAUAUAUAUAUAUCUUUUGACAAACGUAAAAAAAUGAACAGU